AUGCUGGAUGGCUUUGGAAUUGUGAUGAUGAGGAUUAGAGCCAUAGGAGAUGCCUAUUUCUCGGACUUGGACCUCGAGGAAGAUGUUCAAAACGAAGAGCUUACACCACAAUAUAUCGCAACAGAAAACGUAGACAAGUUGCAAUUAUAUGAUGACCUUAGCCCAGAAUAUACCUACCUUGCAGAAGCAAAAAUUUACCAAGCUAAGAAUCAAAAGGCUGAGAGUAAGGAUGUUGAGCGUGUGUUUGGUGUAUUUCAGGCACGUUUUGCCGUAAUCUCCAGGCCAAAUAGGAUGUGGAUCAAAGACACUUUAUAUGGCAUUAUGACAGAGUAUACAAUGUUUACACUAUAUGGCUGUUGA